AUGGUUCGCAAAUUGAAGCAUCAUGAGCAGAAGCUCCUCCGAAAAGUUGACUUCACUACCUACAAAGGCGACAAUGACCACAGAGACGCGGCGGUUAUUCGGCGCUACAACAUCCAAAAACCCAGCGACUAUGCAAAAUACAAUCGUCUCGCCGGAAGCCUCAAACAACUAGCCCACCGCCUGUCCGCCCUUCCCCCAGACUCCUCCUUCCGACUGAAACAUGAGACGCUCCUCCUCUCCAAGCUGCACGACAUGGGUAUCCUGCCCUCGACCUCCAGCACCGCCAAGCUAUCCGAAGUCGAGAAGAACGUCACGGUGUCCGCAUUUUGUAGACGCAGGCUUCCGGUUGUGAUGACAAGGCUGAGGAUGGCGGAGACGGUGCAGGCUGCUACGAAGAUUAUCGAGCAGGGGCAUGUUAGGGUUGGGACGGAAACGAUCACAGACACGGCGUUUCUUGUCACGCGGGGCAUGGAGGACUUUGUUACCUGGGUGGAUGGAAGCAAGAUUAAGAGGAAUAUCCUGAAGUACAGGGAGAAGCUGGACGAUUUUGACUUGCUAUGA